AAAAAUUUUAACUCAGUUUUCAUUGUUUUUUCAAAUUGUUUUAAAAAAAAUACGGCAACAUUUUCUGGUUCUUUCGAAGAAAACUAUAUUGCAUUUGAAAAAUGGCACCGCAGAUAGACAAAGGAGAAAUUGACAAAAUUUUGACAGAGAAAAUUGAAAAAAUCUUAGCUGAAGAGAAGGAAUUCAAGAAUGGAAAAGUUAAACGUUGGUCUGAUAAUAUCAUUCGUGAAUGUCUCCGUGAAUUAGUGAAGCUACAGAAGCCCUAUAAAUUUAUUGUGACAUGUAUCAUCAAUCAACGUUGUGGAAAUGGCUUGUAUCAAUAUGUUUCGUGCUUUUCUGAUCCAACGAAGGAUAUUAUUACGACAAUGCAUUGGAAAAAUGACAUAAUUCAUUGUAUUGUGAGUGUCUAUGCUUUACCUGUGCUUUAAAACAUGAAAACAUUAAU